UUUUGAGGUGAAGAACAUGAAUGUAACAAGAUCUCCUCUUGUUCCGCUUCGAACUACAGCAAGAGCUUUGUUUCCUGAAAAUGAGUACAAAGAUUCUGGAGAUGCAGAACUUCACAUUAUUUUUUAUCAAUUUGACAAUUUAAUGCAAAACAUCAUCAUUGGCUUCAUUCUCCUUAUCAGCCUUUUGGGUCUUGUGGGAAAUGGAGUGGUCAUCUGGCUUCUUGGCUUCCGAAUUAAAAGGAACCCUUACACCACCUACAUCCUCAACCUCUCCGUAGCCGACUUUGGUGUUCUCGUCUGUCUAAUUUUUACAGCUAUAUCAAAGUCUGUGGACAUUCUGAAUGGGAGAAAUCAUUUCGACUAUUUGUACUUUUAUAUAAAUUUUGAUUUGUUUUUCUUUGCUUACUCUACUAGCCAGUUCCUGUUGGCAGCCAUCAGCAUUGAGAGAUGUAUGGCUGCUUUUUUCCCCCUUUGGCAUCGAUGCCACCGGCCACCACAUUUGUCCGCCAUCGCUUGCGCCCUCAUAUGGAUCCUCUCCUCCCUGCUUCCUGCAGUGAACAUCACUCUCCAUGUGACUAAUAUUUCAUUCACCCACGAUGUCUUAUUUCAGCUUAUUGUGAAUGUUUUCCUUUGUGCACCCCUCAUGCUCAUCUCCACUCUGACCUUUUUCAUUAAAUUCUACAGUAAAGCAAAUCAACUCCAGCGGGGAAAGCUCAUCACAGCUAUCCUACUGGCACUCCUUUUCUUCCUUAUCUUUGCUUUUCCUCUUAAUUUGAUUUAUAUAAUUUUAUACAUUUUUUCUAUUCACUUUUCUUUUGUGACCCUUCUCUCCUUGAUACUAAUUGGCCUUUUGUGUGCUUCCCUUAACAGUAGUAUCAACCCACUUAUUUAUUUCUUGGUAGGAAAAAGACUGAGGCAGAGUCACGCGAGGGUGUCUAUCAAGGUGGCACUCCAAAGGGUUUUUGAUGAUGACCAAGACUGCAAACGAGAGCAGAACACCAAAAGUGAAAGCCUGGAAUGA